AUGAAAAUUCAGUGUGAUGUUUGUGAGAAAGCUCCUGCUACGGUGAUUUGUUGUGCUGAUGAAGCUGCUUUGUGUGCUAAAUGUGAUGUUGAAGUUCAUGCUGCUAACAAACUUGCUAGCAAGCAUCAAAGGCUUCUCCUUCAAUCUCUUUCUAAUAAGCUUCCCAAAUGUGAUAUCUGUCAAGAUAAGCCAGCUUUCAUAUUUUGUGUUGAAGAUAGAGCACUGUUCUGUAAGGACUGUGAUGAACCGAUUCAUGUUGCUGGUAGUCUUUCUGCAAACCACCAGCGCUUUCUCGCGACAGGUAUACGUGUCGCUUUGGGUUAUAGUUGCACUCAAGGUAAUGAUAAAAGGCAAAUUGAACCAUCUAAUCAAGAUACAAAACAAGUUCCUAUUGAAGUUCCUGCACAGCAAGUGCCUAGUUUUGCAUCCUCUUGGGCUGUUGAUGACUUAUUGGAAUUUACAGACUUUGAAUCUUCAGACAAAAAGCAAUCCCUUGAAUUCGGAGAGCUUGAGUGGCUAUCAGACGCAGGUCUUUUCAACGAACAGUUUCCUCAUGAAAGUUUAGCUGCUGCUGAAGUUCCUCAACUUUCAGUUACACAUGCUAGCAAUGUUGCCUCAUACAAAGCUCCUAAAUCUUAUAUGUCUUACAAAAAGCCUAGGAUUGAAGUCCACCAUGAAGACGAUGAUGAUGAGCAUUUCACCGUGCCUGAUCUCGGAUAA